CAAAUAUACUAGUGAUUACUCCUUGGAAUUACGGUUUAUGUUUAACUAACUAAAAUGAUUGACAACGUAAAAGCAAUUAGAUUACCUUUGGAAAUAUGUACUAAGCCCACAGACAUAUAUAAAAGUGCGUAUAUGAAACAAAAUUUCAGUUUGGAAUCGGAUGAUUCAGUAGAUAUUCCAUAUCAUGCCAGAGAAACUGCACUGCCAUUCACAUAUGGCGACAUAUCAGAGGUAUUAACACAAAGUCAACUGAAGCACGUUGAGAGUAUUUUUGACGAAGCACAAUUUGAAAAUGAUAAACAGCCGUUUUUAAAGGAGACAAACUCUUUAUAUAAUUUAGGAGAGACAGCAAUGAUUCAAGAUGUAUAUUUAAAAAAGAAAAUUGUCAACAAAGAAAAGCUUCAACAAAGCAAUGACAAUUCAAUUAAUAAAAACAAGCAGAUAGGGAAACGUGGGCUUCUCUCAAAGAACAAACUAAACAAUAAUAUAGUGCGAAGUGGAAAGUAUACUCAGGAAAUUCAAAAGAUCAACCUAUCCCAGCAACUAAGGAUCUGAAAAGGUGUCAAACACCUAGUUUCCCAUGUGAGGAAAUCGCAAGCUUUUCAAAUCGUUCGACUAGCCCCUAUCCAACGUUCA